UUUCCUGGUGUGGGUCUGAGCACGGUGAGCAGAUGAACGGGAAGCGGCCCGCGGAUCCCGGCCCUGCGCGGCCGAUAAAGAAGGGGAAGAAGCAGGUAGCGGCUGAGUUUUCGGACGCUGUCACGGAAGAAACCGUGAGGAAGCAGGUGGCUGAGGCCUGGAGCCGCCGGACGCCGUUCAGCCAUGAAGCUAUUACUUUGGACAUGGAUCCUUUUCUUCACUGUGUGAUCCCAAACUUCAUCCAAAGCCAAGACUUCCUGGAAGGACUUCAGAAAGAACUUCUGAGCCUGGACUUCCAUGAAAAGUACAAUGAUUUAUAUAAGUUCCAGCAGUCUGAUGAUCUGAAGAAGAGAAAAGAGCCUCAUAUCUCAGCUUUAAGGAAACUUCUGUUUGAAGAAUUUCGGGCCUGGCUUUCUAAGGUUUCCAGCAUUGACCUAGAACCAACCAUUGACAUGUCCUGUGCUAAAUACGAAUUCACUGAUGCGCUGCUCUGCCAUGAUGAUGAGCUGGAGGGGCGCCGGAUUGCCUUCAUUUUCUACCUGGUUCCUUCCUGGGACAGGAACUGGGGGGGCACCCUGGACCUUUAUGACACUGAUGAACACUUGCAGCCAAAGCAGAUUGUCAAGUCUCUUAUCCCUUCAUGGAACAAACUGGUUUUCUUUGAAGUGUCUCCAGUAUCCUUUCACCAGGUAUCUGAAGUCCUGUCUGAAGAAACAACACGUUUAUCUGUAAGUGGCUGGUUUCAUGGUCCUUCACUGACCAGGCCUCCCACCUACUUUGAGCCACCAAUCCCUCGAAAUCCUCACAUCCCACAAGACCAUGAAAUUUUAUACGAGUGGAUCAACCCUGCUUAUCUGGAAAUGGAUUAUCAAAUGCAAAUUCAAGAAGAAUUUGAAGAAAGGUCUGAAAUUCUCUUAAAGGAGUUUCUUAAGCCUGAGAAAUUUGCAAAGGUCUGUGAAGCCUUGGAGAAAGGAGAUGUGGAAUGGAAUAGCCGUGGUCCCCCAAACAAAAGGUAUUAUGAAAAAGCGGAAGAACGUAAUCUCCCUGACAUACUGAAGGAGUGCAUGGGCUUGUUUCGCUCAGAGGCGCUGUUCUUGUUGCUCUCCAACUUCACUGGCCUGAAGCUUCACUUCUUGGCCCCUUCAGAAGAAGAUGAAGCUGACGACAAAGGAGAGGGAGAAGCAGCCUCUUCUACUGAUGCCACUGAAGAAGGGACUAGCCAAAGCCCUUCAAGGCCUGAGAAAAACCAGGCAGCUAUUGGCAGCCAUAGUGAAGAGAGUGGUGAACAGGCAGACCUGGAACUACAGGAAGAUGAAGCAAAGAAAGAAUUGAGUGUCCCCAUGUGCCAGGGGGAGCUGAGGCACUGGAAGACUGGUCACUACACUUUAGUUCACGACAACAGCAAGACUGAGUUUGCCUUGGACCUGUUUCUUUACUGUGGCUGUGAAGGCUGGGAGCCAGAAUAUGGCGGCUUUACUUCCUACAUUGCUAAAGGUGAAGAUGAAGAGCUGCUCCUAGUGAAUCCAGAAAACAAUUCUUUGGCAUUGGUCUACAGAGAUAGAGAGACUCUGAGGUUUGUGAAGCACAUUAACCACCGAAGCCUGGAGCAAAAGAAAACUUGCCCAAACAGAAGUGGCUUCUGGGACUUUGCAUUCGUCUAUUAUGAGUAACAGGAUUGGGCAAAGCCAACUACCAUUCACUUCAUCUGUGCUGGGAAACCUGGAGUCUUCACGGAGGAAGAAAAGCAUGCAGGCUAACAGUGUCCUCAAAACGGACUGUCCCUGCUGGGCGUGCUGGUGCACAUCUGUAAUGCCCCUCCACUUCCUAGGUCAGUGUGGUCUACAGAGGCCCCAAACAAAAGUUGGUCAUUCUAUAUAGAACGCAUGAUUGUCCUCAACCUGGACAUUGAGCUGGCGUGAUGUACGUAUCCCUUGGUUUGGGGUUUCAUGACUUUAUUUGUUUUAUGUAUGUGAGUGCUCUGUCUGCAUGUACACUGCAUGCCAGAAGAGGGCAUCAGAUUCCAAUAUAGAUGGUUGUGAGCCACCAUGUGGUUGCUGGGAAUUGAACUCAGGACCUCUGGAAGAGCAGGCAGAGCUCUUAUCUGAUGAGCCAUCUCUCCAGCCCAUUCCUUGGGUUGUUUGUUUGUUUGAGGUUUUUUGUUGUUUUAAAUUUUCCCCAUUCCAUUGAAUUCUUUUGAUUACAUAGUGACUGCCUCAGCAACUUUCUAACUUUGAUUUUUUUUUUUUUAAUGAUGGUAACAUAUAUAUAACACAAAAUUUAGCAAAGUAACUUUUUUUGUUCUUAGUUUGAGGUUUUUGUUUUGUUUAUCUUUUGAUGGGGUUUUACCUUGUAGCCCAGGCUAGCUCUGAACUACUGAUCCUUCUACCUCACCCUCCCAAAUACUGGAAUUACAGGCAUGAGCCGCCAUAACCCAUCCAUGCUUGCAUGUAUAGGUCGGUGGAACUGAGCAUACUGCCAGUGCUUCAAAGCUGCCUUCACUGCCAUAUGGAGAAUAUCCCCAUCCAAAUGUGAUGUGAAACUCCACUGAACAGUCAGUCUCCACUUGCUUUUGCCCCUUUUCUAGUAAUCUGACAUAUUAGUGAAUCAGAUAUUUAUCCCUUCGUAAUUGGCUUCCUUCACUUAGCACAAAGCCUCAGUGUUCACUGGUGUUUCCAAUAUUUUUCUUUCUCACUCACAAGUGGCAGUAGAAACAUUUGUAACCCUCUUCAUUACGGAGUCUGAAGGUUGUGACACAGUUGGAGCCUUUACUCUGCUCCCCGAUGAGGGCUGAGUUCCACCCUGUCAGUCAGGAUAAGGUAGACUCAGGUGGGUAGUGUUGUUCCCUUGGGAAAGGUCUGGCUGAAAACUAACAUGGCCUCAGGAAUUAUGGCGCUGAUAGAGGACAGGCUGCUUACCGCCCUAUGUAUUCAUUCUCAAGUGUCUACUACCUUCUAAACCUGGCGCUGUGGCUCCUGUGAGUCUAGGCCCCCAGUGACAAACCCAAUGCGAAAAGACAGAGUCGGAAUUGCAAGAAGUCCUCCUUUUGCUUGCAUUGUUCUCCGCCAGCUGCUCCAUGGGGCUGUGGUACCGCUCUUCCCACUGUGGGAGUAUGCAUGAUGGCUGAAGAUGAUCUCACACUUCCCCAUACCAUGCCCAUUUACCACUUUCUCGUUUUCUGAGUAUCCUUACAGGUUUUGGUGUAGACUUUACUUAUUAAUAGAGAAGUGCUGGCCCUUUCAGUUUCUCAUUCUCGCUUCUUUUUCAUGUCCUAAAACUCCAUCCAGAUACCGUCUGUCUUUUGGGUUGCUGGGUUUCAAUUUAUUUGCCCCAUUUAUUUAACAUUCAUUGCCAUUAGGAUACAUACAAGUUUUACAUGUUCUGAUAUUAAUCAUAAAACAAAGUAAUUUUUAAAUAAUGAGAUGAGAAUAUCCAGACCAAAACUGAGGAGCCAUACUUUAAUCCCAGCUUUUGGAAAGUAGAGGCAAGAGGAUCAAGAGUUCAAGACUAUCUUAAGCCACACUGUGAGUUGAAGGCCAGCCUGGGCAAGAGUAUUCCUUGUCUCAGAAACAAAGAGUGGUGGCACAUGUCUUUAUCCCAGCACUCAGAAGGCAGAGGCAGGCAGAUCUCUGUGAGUUCAAGGACAGCCAGAGCUACAUAGUGAGACCUUGAUUCAAAAAACAAAGACUGUCCAGACCAUUUUACAAUUGUCUUCUGUGAUGGACUGUUGUCCGUGCAUACUGUUUUAGACUCCACAGCAGUUUAAACCAAAGAGUAGUGCUCCAGGAGGACUACACAUACUUUGUUGCUAACAGUUAAUUCUGAAGCUUCUCUUUUCCGAAUUGCUGCAGACUAAAGGCAAGCUUGUGCUCCCUUCUCGCUCCUGCUCUCUAUUUGGGGUGCUGGCCCUCAUACCCAGACCUUGCUAUACAUACUUCAAUCAUUCUUGCUUCCUUUUUCCUUGUUCUGUUGUUUGUUUGUUUGUUUGUUUGUUUGUUUGUUUGUUUGUUUUUCCUGAGACAGGAACUCACUCUGCUGUCCAGGCAGACCUACUGAAGGUUUUCCUGCCUCAGGCUCCUACAUUCGAGGAUUACAGGGAUGUGCCACUACCUCCAGCUCCCCUUGCCUUUGAUGUGUCCUCAUGAGUGGAGGAGGAAAAAUGAGUUUAGCUAAUGCUUUGUCAGUGGGUUAGCUCUAGGAAGAGCCAGGAAAAAGUACUAAGACAAUGAAAGCUCAUGUGAGGCAAAGCUUGUUUCGCUUAGCACUCUCCAGCGGCACCCAGCUUUUCCCGUUCUGGGGACCUGAGUCUACAUCUUUACUGUUUUGUGUGGAAUGUGCCUAGUGCUGUCUCCCAUGUGCUUAUGCUCUGUCACCACAGGGCCUUUACAAGACUGGAUUGAAGUGCCUAAGUGGAAAGAAUUCUGAAGGGUCUUUUUGUCUUUGCAGAGCCUCGUGGCCUGCAAGAACAAUAGAACCGACACAUUGCUGAGAAGCUGCUGUUUUCAGUUGUCAUGUGCCACAUUAUUGAUGUCCCAGGUAGAUAAAUGGCAUAUAUGACAGUGGGCCCAUGAGUCUACAAUGGAAAUGAAAGACUCCUCCAAAUCACUCAUAGUCAUGGUGGCAUCAGUGAGAAUAGACCAGCUGUGCUGCCGCUGCAUGACAGCACAACGCACGCAGCUGUGCCUGGAACUGUCCAUCACAGGCCACCACAGCGCACUUUGUGCGCUCAUUACACAGUACCUGCUCGGUGCACUGCUGUCAAGGCACUGACGCCUGGGUGGCUUCAGGCAGAUCCUUCACAAGGUAUUCCACAGAAAGGCAUGGCUGUUGGGCUGCCAAUUAUUUCUGUGCCUGUUUCUGCCCCUGAAGACCACAGUGAAACAGAGUGCAUUCCUGGAAUGCAGUGAUGAUAAUGAUAAUCAGGAGUGAGUGAGUCUGGGCCAAUGUGUGUGUGUAUGUGUGUCUUAGUUUUUAACAAAAAGAAAAAAAUUCAGAAAGUUAAAAAAAAGAAAACUUAAAGGAAAUAUUUUUGUACAGCUAUAAAAAUAUAAAGUUCUUUAAAGAAGUUCUAUUAUACAAGCUAAGGCUAUUGAAAAUAGAGUAUUUUUAACAUGUACAGGUUGAAAGCCUACAAGCAUCCACCUUGUCUGUCCAAGCAUACUGUCACAUUUGCAGUGAAUGGGCCUCGCCUCGUGGCUCUGCUUCAUUCCUGACCCUCACUGAUUGCUGCUUUGGUCAGGGCCAAAAGGAAGAUGUGGACUCAUAGUACCUCUUUUUGAUGAAACGCUAUGCAUUUCCUGUGUGGCCAAAGGCAUGUCUCUUUAAUAGUGAGCCUCUAACUAUUUUGUUUUCUUAUUUAUUGAUGUUUUUGAGAAUGGUCUUUAUAUCUCAUUCCCCAACUGCUGAGAUUACAGAAGUAUACCACUGUGUCCUGCUGUGAACUUCCAGUUCCUGUAACUCCUUUUUCUAAAGGUAAAUUUCCCUGCAAAGGUAACAGCUUUCUAUCUUUUCAGAUUACAUAAGCAGUGCAUGUUCAGUGUUGAGAAAUUAAACCAAUGUGGACAAAUACAAAGGUCACUUGAAAUCCCAUCACCCUGUGACAACUUGUUGCUUUCAGCGUGUCAGUGUGGCUCCCUGCCCUAUGUUAGAAAGCAUGACUCCCCUUUGUUCUCUCGUGCCCAUUGCUCCUCUUGGGUAAAUACAAGAUCCUAGGGCAGCUUGUCAGGCAGGGCUCUGAGGAAGUGACUACAGGCCGCCACUAUAUACAAGAAUGAAAAUAGUUACCUGCGUGGAUCCUUAAGUGUGUCUCUUUCAGGUUUCUUAUGAAUGAAAACCAGCAGCCAGAGAUGCAUUUGGAAAUCUGUCAUUCAGCUAAUGCUACCCCAGACUGCCUUUAAAUUUAUUUUCCCUUAAUAUAAAUUUGUUUACACACAA